AAUCCUGGUUGAAGGGGGUGAGAGGGGAAAGAGAGCCAGGGGAAUGUCUGAGGGAGUCUGAGGGAACCGGUGGUCAGGAGAAAGAGACUUUGGACGGCAGACUAGCAGGAAAGACUGGUUUAAGAAUAAUCUCUCGGUUCAUAGUUGCAGUUUCAACUUUGGACAACUUCAUCAGCGGAAUUAAAGUUUCGCGUUUUGCUGUGAACGCUACAACUCCAGCAGGAAUCAACCAAAACAACGACCGCGUAAGAGGAAACACCAAGACGCUUCUUUUUUUUUUUUUCCUUCUACUUCUUCACAGUUUGUGUCCUUGAAAGAAACCAAAAAAGCAGAACUGAAACGAGCUGCUUUGGUCUCAUCUGAGGAUAAUUUUCAGCAUCUGCUCAUCAGUCAGAAGUUUUACUACAACGCGCAAACUUCGAGCUGCGGAGAUGCGCCGGUGAUGUUUCCGAGAUGACCGCUUUCCACAAGAAACUCGUUCUCAGAGGUGAUCUGCUACCAAGACGAACCAUGAGCGGCUCUGGCUGUUCGCUUCUCAUCCUCGUCGGCGUUUUUUCGUGUUUGAAUCCAGCAUCCGCCGGAGCACUGACAGUCAAAGAUUUGGAGUUUGUACGGAGUCCCGACACCAUCGUCUCCUCCCAGGGCAAACCCGUAACGAUGCAGUGCAGCCUGAAGGGUAAAGGGGGCGAGGACGAGGACCCUCCCGAUGUGGUCUGGUACAAAGACAGUAAUCCACUCCCAUACGCAGACACCAACCAGUUCCAACUUCCCACCGACAGCAACGGCUGGAUAAUCAUGAGCACACUCAGAAUUGAGGAGGUGCGGCUCCUCGACAUGGGCUCCUAUAAAUGUGCUGUCACAUCAGGAGGAAACCAGACUUUUUCUGAGGAGGGAAAAAUUCAGCUGGAGGGCCUUCCCCAUUUCUCUGUGGGGCCCCGGGACAUGUCUGUGGUGGCUAAUGUGUCUCUGAGCCUGAGCUGCGUGGCCCACGGCCCUCCGGAGCCCGUCAGGGUCAUCUGGCUGCAGGACGGAGCUCCACUCAACUCACUGUCGGACCCUGUGGCCCUGUCGCCCUCCACGCUCAACCUCACAGGUCUGAACAAGACCAGCACCUUCUCAUGCGAGGCCCAGAACGGGAAGGGCGUGGCCACGUCCGGAUCCGGUACCGUCACAGUUCUCCCAUCGAAGCCCCAGAACGUGACCGCGGUGGAGAUCACCCAGACCGCGGCCCGGCUGUCGUGGCAGCCCGGUUUCGGAGGCAACUACCAGAUAAUCCGCUGCUCCGUUCAGGCCAAACACGCAGGAGACCCCUUCACGUCCGGCCCCGACGAGCUGAUCCACAACCAGAACGUGAACAUCCCACCAGCCACCCACCUCAUCGAGAACCUGGAGCCCCACGGGCGCUACGCCGUCCGGGUGGCCUGUCACAGCAGCCAGGGCCCGUCCGACUGGUCGCCCUGGGUGGAGCUACGCACCAGAGAAGGAGUGCCAGAAAACUCACCUGCGAACGUGACCGCUGUGCUGAACGGGACGGAGGUGCUGAUGAGGUGGGAGGGGCCUCCGGGGAAGCUGAAUGGAGAGCUGCAGGGCUACAGGGUGGAGUACAGCACACCUGCAGCACCGCAGCUUGUUGUGGACACCGGACUGGACCCCGAGCUGUCAAUCAAUCUGUCUGUCCCCUUGUCCAAUGUGUCUUUCCGAGUGUGCGCCUACACAAGCGCCGGUCAAGGACCCUGGACCCUCACACAGACUCUGACGCUUACAUCUGCUGAAAUGGGGGAGUCUAGAGAUCCGUCCUCGCCCCCGGCCUUUUCCUGGCACUGGUGGUACGUGGUGAUGGCCGUCACCGGAGCCGUGUCCAUAGCCGUGCUCAUGGCUGUUUACGUGGCCAAGCUGCGGCGCAAGGAGACGCGAUUCGGAGAGGCGUUUGAACCCAUGAUGGAGAGCGGAGAGCUGGUUGUCAGAUACCGCGCUCGCCGCACCUACAGCCGCAGGACUACAGAGGCAACGCUGAACAGCCUGGGUAUCAGCGACGAGCUGAAGCAGAAGCUCCAAGAUGUGAUGGUAGACAGACAUAAACUAACCCUGGGAAAGACCCUGGGAGAAGGAGAGUUUGGCUCGGUGAUGGAGGGGCUGCUGACUCAGGAGGAGUCUGUCCUCAAAGUUGCUGUCAAGACUAUGAAAAUUGCCAUCUGCACCCGCUCGGAGAUGGAAGAUUUUCUGCGAGAGGCUGCGUGCAUGAAGGAAUUUGACCACGCCAAUGUCAUGAGGCUUCUAGGUGUGUGUCUGCAGACUGUGGAGAGUGAGGGUUACCCCUCCCCUGUCGUCAUCCUGCCCUACAUGAAACACGGAGACCUGCACAGCUACCUGCUGUACUCGAGGCUCGGAGACUGUCCUGUGUACCUCCCAUCUCAGAUGCUGGUUAAGUUUAUGACAGAUAUUGCUCGGGGGAUGGAGUACCUCAGCGGCAAGAAUUUCAUCCACAGAGACCUUGCGGCUCGCAACUGCAUGCUGAAUGAGAAUAUGAACGUAUGUGUGGCCGACUUUGGCCUCUCCAAGAAGAUCUACAACGGCGACUACUACAGACAGGGGCGGAUCUCCAAGAUGCCCGUGAAAUGGAUCGCCAUCGAGAGCUUAGCCGACCGCGUCUACACCACUAAGAGCGACGUGUGGUCGUUCGGAGUCACAAUGUGGGAAAUUGCCACUCGGGGCCAGACACCGUACCCCGGGGUGGAAAACAGCGAGAUUUACGAUUAUUUGAGACAAGGAAACCGUCUCAAACAGCCUCCAGACUGUCUGGACAGCAUCUACUCCCUCAUGUUCUCCUGCUGGCUGCUGAGCCCUAAGGAUCGUCCCUCGUUCGAGUCCCUGCGCUGCGAACUCGAGAAAGCCCUCGAGGACCUGCCGGACCCGCAAGACCCGGACGAGAUCCUGUACGUCAACAUGGACGAGCCCUCCAUGGAGCUCGGGGCCGUCGGCGGCCGCGACCCCCUCGGAGGUCAGUCUCCCCUCUGCCUGAAGGCUCUGGACUCGGUGACGACGGUGGAGGUCCACCACCUCAACCGCUACGUCCUCUGUCCCCAACACGAGACCAACCGGACCCUCACUGACUCCUUGGAGAGCCUAGACAUGCCCGUGUCGUCCUCCACGGCCACGCUGCCUCUACAGUCGUCGUGCCACUCCACCCCAAACCCCACGCCGGCUCCCGACCCCAGCAGCUGCGAGACGCUGGAAGACCGGGACGGAUCCCGAAGAAUGCCCUGGCAGUGAUGUAGAAAACUUUUUUUAAUGAAACAAAUGACAAAAAACUGCCAAAGUGUGCCGUCCCAUUCCAAGAACAACAUCCAGCCUCUUUCUACUGACUUUAAGAAACCUCAUGUGCCUCUCUACACACACACACAUCCGAAGGCAUUCCAAGGAAGUGAAGGACUGGGAUUACUUCUUCUGUCGACCGAUUCCCAGAUGAGCACAUUUCUGCAGCACAAUCUGAAUUCCCAGUCGCUUUAGCAAAUGAAAAAAAAAGUCAAACUACCUGUAUGCAGAACGUAAAAUCAUUUUUGUGAAACCAGCUCAAACACUGCCAGAAUGAAAACUCAAACUAGACCUUUCCAGGGAGUAAGUGCUAACGUACGUGACCCAAAUGAGCAUGUUUCUCAGUAGCUUUUCAAAAGUGUCCAAACGUCCCCUUUGGAGCAAUGGAUUAAAAGAGAGAAUGUGACAGUUAAAACGCUUUAUGGAGGAUCACACAUCUCAUACUCACAGUAUACAUAUAUAUAUAUAUAUAUAUAUAUUUAUACAUAUAUAUAUAUAUAGCAGUUUGUAUUACAGCUCAGUGUAGCACUCUAACAGACUCCUAUAUGUUCUCCAGGGUUUUUUUUUUUUACUACUAUACGUCUUUAUCAUAACUCAGGAAAUCUGAGUCUAUUCUCGGGGGACAGAGGUACUGGUCAAAUAAAGAGGGUACAAAUAAUCAGAGGUACAGGUGGAUGGACUGAGGGCAGGUACACACACGAAGGACGGGAUAAGCUCCUCACUUUUGCUUUUUUUUUUUUGUUUUUUCUCAAGCACAGUGUUCUUACGCGUUUUUUUUAUGCUGUUUUUUUUCAUAUCUGUACAACUUUGCACUAAUGUUUUUGUAUCUGUUUAUAAAUUGUAUAUCUUUUUACGCUUUCAUUUUGAGUUUGAAUGUUUUUUUUUUUUUUUUGUCAUGUGUCAACUAGCAUAUUCACAAUGACAGUUUUUUUUUUUUUUUUAAUUUGAAAAACGAGCAAAGACUGAGGUCCUGGGAAACAUUUAAACACAACCUCAUCGUCUGACGUCAUCCUGCCGCUCCUGUUCUGGGAUAUUUCUUGUCGAGGUUUAGCACCAGCAGAGUUUUAGGAAGUCCACCGUGCAUGCACUUAUUUUUUUGUACAUACAGUUUAUGUUUUUGUUCUUUGGAUCGGACUUGACCAUAUUCCUGCAGACAUUUUGAGGGAACGAAUAGUUCAAAUGAGGCGCUGUGUUUUUUUUUUUUCCAUUUGUAUACAUCAAAGGUACUUAUAUAUGAAACUGUAUACCGUGGCGUGUUAUACAUGUAGCAUUACUGAAAUCCUAAGGAUAAAGUGUACAUUUCUUUCAAUACCUUUGGUACUGUAUACUCAGACAUUGUGGACCAUGUUCAAAUGUUACGCCAGUUUCAAUGCAGAUACACCUCCUGUUUUAUGUGUUGAGCACUGGUACAGAAACUCCUACAUCACACACACACACAGAUCUGCCUUAAAUGUCAAAAUGUCACAACUUUACCAACGUGCCUUCAGAGAGCCAGUAUUUUACAUCACAGUAGACGUGUGUAUGGAUUUCUUUUUUUUUUUUUAAAGUCAGAAAUGAUUGUAUUAUAAAUGCCUUUUAAUUUUCACUGUUAUGAUUCAUAUUCGAUGUUUUAUACAGUACAUGCAGUAUUUCGCCUUACGAAAUAAAUGUGUUGGUUGA